AUGAGUGAAACAGAUCAUUUAUUCAGUGGUGCAGCACCCUUAUAUCCUUCAACGGAAUCUUUUAGUGAUAUAAAAUCAACAACACCAAUACCACCAUCAUCAUCAUCAUCAUCAUCACCGCCACAAGGUACUGCACUUCCAGUUGCUUCUCAAUAUCCACAAGUUGAAUAUAAUUAUGGAUGGUCUGGAUGGAAAGAUCGUGGCUUUGCUAUUGCAUUUUGGAUUCAUUUUAUUAUUGUAGUUAUACUUGGUUUUGCAUUAGGUAUACCUGCUAUUCGUGCAGAUGCACAAAAAUCUUAUGAUGAUCCUACACGAACUGUAUUUGAUUAUAAUGCUGAUUUAUUUAUUCGUAUUUUUGCUGGUGCUGCAGUUUUAAGUGGAUUGGUUGCAUUUGUCGCGUUUUUUGUUCUACAACGAUGUGCUGGUCGCAUUAUUAAAUGUUCACUUUACAUGGGUGUAGCAAUGCAAAUUUUACUUUGUAUAACUUUAUUUGUAGUUGCUUGGCCUAUGGGUAUUAUAACACUUAUAUUUGUUCUUAUUUCACUUUGGUAUAUCUAUUAUGUUCGAAAUCGUAUUGCAUUUGCUGAAGCUCAUAUACAAGUUGGAUGUUCUGCAUUACGUAGUCAUCCAUCAAUUUUAUUGGUUGCUAUAGGAAUGUUAAUAUUACAAUUAUUAUGGGUAUUGUUUUGGAGUUUAAUGGCAUUAGGUUUUGAACAUGUUGUAAAUCGAUCGAAUGAUAAAGACUCAUCAUCAAAUAAAUCUGCAGGUGGUUUAUUGGCAAUUGUUUUAUUAACAUCUUUAUAUUGGGGAGCAUUAACAUUUCGAAAUAUAACACAUUUUGUAACAGCAUGUGUUGUUGGUCAAUGGUGGUUUAUAGCAGAUGCACAUAGACAAUAUGCAGUUGAAAGAAGUCUUCAACGUGCAUUUACAACAAAUUUUGGUACAAUAUCAUUUGGUUCAUUGAUACUUGCUUUUAUAAAAGCUUUACGUGUUGUUGCACAAAUAAAUGAAAGUAACGCACGUCGAGAUGGAAAUAUUCUUUUAUUACUAAUAAGUUGUUGUGCUGUAUGUAUACUUCGAAUAUUUGAAGGUUUAGUACGAUAUCUUAAUGAAUGGGCAUUUGUAUUUUCUGCAUUAACUGGACAAUCAUUUCGUGCUGCUAGUCGAAGUUUUCUUGAUUUAUUUCAACAACGUGGUUGGACAAUGAUUAUUAAUGAUGAUCUUGCAGGAAGUGCUUUAACUAUUGUGACUCUAGCUAUUGGAUUUAUUUCAGCAGGUAUUGGUGGUGUAGCUACAUAUGUUGCAAUGCCACAUUCACAUUCACGAGCUGCUAUUGCUGGUAUGGCAGCACUAUUUUGUUUUACCAUUGGUCUUGCAAUGGGAACAAUAAUGGCAUCAAUUUUAAGUUCUGGUGUACGAACCGCAUUUGUAUGUUUUGCUAUGAAUCCAUCAGCAUUAGGUACAACACAUCCUGAACAUUUACAAAAUUUACUUCUUGCUUGGUAUCAAUUUCAUCCACAAGAAUUUGCUGCUAGUGGUUUUGCAAUGCAGUUUCCCAAACCAGCUGCUGCUGCUAGUAAUGUUUAUGGUGCUGUAUAG